CUCCCGGCGCACGCGGUCUCGCCUUUCGUUGUUUAUUGCAUUAGCAUUAUGUUGUAUGUUCUAAGCGUGUGAUUCAUCCGACCGGACGACGACGAGCUGGUCCGGAUAUUAUUGUGUUCCGUUCCCGUUAGCACCACGCACGAGUCUCGCAUGAUUUACGCAAUCACUAGCACCAGCAACGGGAUUAGAAAACUUACGGAAAGAGGGAAUAGAAGCAACGCACGGAACGGAUCUACACACAUACACCAUUGCUACAGCUGACAGCCGGCAUGAUCGUUCUUCUAUCGAUCGUCAUCGAAACUCAAGCAAAGUGGUGCUCUAUGGUGCUGGCCGGAAUCAAUUGCUAGCCGUAGCGUGUGUGCCUUUUAUCGACACCUGGUGAUGCGUGGGAGGUGCGCCGGGAAGCCUUCUUCAAGUACUUUUAUGUGCCUUUAUGCUCUGCCUUACCGUGUGUGUAUUUUGCCGGAAGUUUUAAAGCCGUGCGUGGAGGUAGUGGUAGUGUUACGGUAGUGGAGGUCGUUGUGUGGUGUGUCCCUGGUGGCGUGUGUUCCGAUAACGAUGGCUAAGGUGGGCGAUCUAGACAACCGGCCAGCCCAGCAGGGCUUUCGUCGCGAAAGUGAGGAAGCGAAAAUGGCAACGGAAGGGGCUGGUAGCGACGGUGGUAUUAAGAUGAAGAAGGAGCUGGGCCUCAUGGACGGAGUGGCAAUCAUCGUCGGCGUUAUAGUCGGUGCUGGAAUAUUCGUCUCUCCGAAGGGUGUCCUGCUCUACUCUGGCUCGAUUGGUCAGGCGAUCAUCGUAUGGAUACUGUCCGGUGUGCUCAGUAUGGUCGGUGCGCUCUGCUACGCGGAACUUGGAACGAUGAUACCGAAGUCUGGUGGUGAUUACGCGUACAUCGGUGAAGCAUUCGGACCAUUGCCCGCCUUCCUGUACCUGUGGGUUGCCCUUCUGAUUCUCGUCCCGGCCGGGAAUGCAAUUACCGCAAUCACGUUCGCGCAGUAUCUUCUGCAGCCACUGUGGCCCACCUGUGAGCCGCCCUACGAGUCUGUUCGUUUGCUGGCGGCCGUUAUAACCUGCUUGUUGACGGCUAUCAACUGUCGCAAUGUGAAAUGGGUUGCACGGGUAACGGAGACGUUCACCGGGAUGAAGGUGUUGGCCCUACUCGUCAUUACCGGUGCCGGUGCUUAUCAUUUGCUGAGUGGAAAUACGGAGUUGCUUGAAUCACCGUUCGCCAACUCGAAAAUACAACCGGGAUUCAUUGCCGUCGCCUUCUACAACGGAUUGUUUUCGUACUCGGGCUGGAACUAUCUGAAUUUUGUGACGGAAGAGCUGAAGGAUCCCUACCGCAAUCUACCGAGAGCCAUCUGUAUCAGCAUGCCUCUCGUGACCAUCAUCUACGUGAUAACCAACAUUGCCUACUUCGCCGUGCUUCCACCUGACGAAAUGCUUUCCUCGCAAGCCGUGGCGGUGACCUUUGCAGAGAAAAUGCUGAGCUUCAUGGCCUGGACCAUGCCCCUGUUUGUGGCUUGUUCCACCUUUGGCUCACUGAAUGGUGCCAUCUUUGCGUCUUCGCGACUCUUCUUCGUCGGUGCUCGAAACGGACAUCUUCCAGCGGCGCUUUCGCUCAUCAACAUUAACUGUCUUACACCGAUACCUUCGCUUCUGUUUUUGUGUGCCCUCACCUUGUUGCUGCUAUUCAUUCGAGAUGUAUUUGCGAUCAUCAACUAUGUCAGCUACGUGGAGAUUCUGUUCAUCUUCAUCUCAGUCGCCGGACUUUUGCGGUUACGACAGAAGGCACCAGAUACUUACCGCCCAAUCAAGGUUUCUCUCAUUGCACCAAUCGUGUUUCUCUUAGUGGCUGGAUUUUUGGUGAUAUUUUCCGUGUUUGAGUCACCGAUGGAGGUGGGCAUUGGUACCGCGAUUAUUCUGCUUGGCAUUCCGGUGUACUACGUCACGAUCGGUAAACCUUGGAGCUGGUUAACGGAAAAGUCGCAAGCAUUCAACACACUAUGCUGCAAGCUGUUUCUAUGCAUGCCCAACAGCGAAAAGCUAGACUAAGGUGCUUGUGCUUGUGAUGUUUGCACAGGUGUUACAGGCAUACAGACUACAGGGGGCCGUUGCGCAGGUUUAGGUUGUACAUCACUCUCAUGUACGUUUACAAAUGUAACUGAAUGCGAAACGUAUGGACAUUACGAGACGCAAUCUCUUCUCGUUCCUUAUCGAUCGGGUUAGGACCGCUUUUGCUCACAUAUCAAUCAUCAUCAUUACAACUCAUGUAAAUAAAUGUCUCGCCUUUCCAUUCCGAUACACAACGCCUUGAAGUAGAAGUGCGCUAUAGGAAGCAAACGAUUGCUCAAAAGCUGGUUGCUGGUUGAUGCUGCAACAAAGUAUAAAUUCGAAUUUGCAGUCGAUUUCGAUGUUUGGAUUUCAGUAACCAAUUAGUAUACGCACAAAAUGAAUCGCUCAACAGGCCCGCACCGUACAAUACCGAACAACAUUAGGGGAUCAAGCGUGGCAUUAGUAGAUAAUGCAUCUCAAAGUUUCUCAGCAAAACACUACAUGGAAUAAGUGUGAACCGGUAUGGUAGUACAGAAAUAGACAACAACAGAAUUGCUAAGACUGCUAUCGACCUUUUUUGCGAUGGAGUUUUAUAGGAUAUUUAUCGAUUGUAAGCCAACGCUAAGUUAUACUGCUAACUAUGAAUAAACCUUCCUAUGGAUGAAUGCGAAUCUUCCGCGUGGUUCAUGCUUCACUUGUCCUUUAGUUUAAUUUAUUUAUCUGUUGCAAAUGUUUGUUUUAAUAGUCAAGUUGAGAGCCAAUCACUUUCUCCCAAAACUUAAACAGUGCACCAGGUGCAUGCAUGUUUGAUCGCUAUUAUGUUGGCUAUUUACAAAAUUACGUAAAAUUUGUCACCAUUCUGUUACCUCGCAAGACUCUAACUCACAUUCGAGCGUCACAUAACAGCACAAGGCCGAGAAGCAUGCGAUGCGUCCGAAGUUUCCUUGUUAAAACAUGACGUGACAGUCACAACCGUUUCGAGAAAAGCAUCAGAGGUGGGGAUGGUACGAUGGUUUAAUAAUUAAAAGUAUCACAUAUUUCUUCCGACCCUCAUUUUCUUGCCUUUGGUUGAUU